AUGCCCAAGCACCAGGACAUCAAGACCAUGAAGCUGUACCAUCACUUGGACCGCAUCGAGCGCCGCCUGGCUGAGUUGGGCUACACCAGCAAGGACGUGUCAGUCGACCCAGAGCAGUUGGCCACGCUGGACUCGCUGCAUUUUUUCGGUGACGAGCCGAUCUGCCACAUCGUGGAGCUACUGAGUGAGACUCCAGAGGAGAAGAAGGUGCUGGACAUUGGCACGGGCUUCGGAGGCACGGCUCGGCUGCUGGCACACCGCAGUGGCUGCAAGGUGGACGCUCUGGAGCUCCAGCCCGACCUGAGUGAGGCGGCCACAGAACUCACACGACGCUGUGGACUGAGCGAGCAAGUGACGCACUUGAGUGGCGACUUCUUGGCGCUUCCGGUGCUUGCCAACGAGUACGACGCAGUGGUGGGGCUGCUCUGCUUCUUGCACAUCGGUCACUGGCGAGACCUAUUCCAGCGGUGCUUCGACAGUCUGAGGCCUGGCGGGGUCUUGUACGUCGACGAUUUCUUCCUGCGUGGUGACAAGUUGACGGGCGAGGAGGAAGAGACGCUCAAGACGGACAUCUACUGCGCCGACUUGCUGCAUCAAGACGAACUUUUUGCUGUGUUGAGUGCGUGCGGGUUUGAGGAGCCGAGCUUUCAGGACGUGACGACCAAGUGGCAGCCGUACCUGUCGGACCGCGCUACGCAGUACCAUGCUACACUGGAGACUCAUAUCGCUCGUGAUGGCGAGGCUGCAGCUCGAGGACUCGACCAUUUAUACGCGAGCGUAGCACGUCUGUUCCACGCGGGGAACGUUGGAGGCUACACGCUGGUCGUGCGUAAACCGCUUUGA